CCUCGUCACCCGAUCAAACCGUACCAAAAUGUCCCGUCUGAUCAUCGUCGUGCUCGGAGUUCUGGUGCUCCUGCAGAUGGUCUCCGCCAUAGAUCUGUCCACAACUAAGAAUGUUGAGAUCGCAUUUGCUGAUACGGAUACCGUGCCGAAAACAGCGUUGAAAAAUCUACUGCCUAAUUCGUACGCCGCUGGAUUUAUUGGAAAUCUCGAGAUUGGAAGACGAUAUCCUGACGAAACAAUUUUCCGCCGAGUUAUCGAGUUUGACAAUCCGACAAAUACUGUUCAAUCAAGUACCCUAACACUGACCGUCACUAAUGGAAUCAUUCAUUAUGUUAGCGUAGUGAAUGAAAGCGGCAGUUACGCGGUGGUAUGUGACGAGGUGAACACCUUGGGAUCAUCCAGAGGGAACAUUAAUAUCCGCGCCGCUGCCAAAACGAAAUCCUAUCUUACAGUAAUCACAGCAGUACAUUAAACAAGCAUGUGCAAAAAGGAACAGCAUUUAUAGUUCGUGCAUUUAUAACAAAAAAAAAUAAGAAAAAUUGCUUUUUUUCCUUUCGCAAAAGAAUUUUUCACUGUAUCGUGUAUCCUAUAUGAAAAUAAAACAAAUUCUGUUAAGU